UAGCCCUAGUUUUAAAAUCACAAUCGGUAUGUGCACACAUACAUUUGUACUUUCAUACAAAGUAGAAUAAAAAUUUUUGUUUUUAUGUCAAAGUUGCCGUGCAACUAUAACAGAAUUACACGUAUUUUGUUUCGGCUUGUGUGGACGUGAAAGAAUUGCGAAAAGUGGAAGAAAACCCGAAAGCAAUAAAAAUGCCAGUGGAUGAGAAAGCAUAUUUUGAGGAUCAACCCGGAAGGAAAUUCGAUCGCUGUUUGGCCAAUGGCAUUGUUAAGGGGGGCGGGGGCUUCGUCGUUGGAGCUGUGAUAUCAUUAUUAUUUUUACGCAGACGCAUGUGGCCAAUAUUGUUGGGAACAGGAUUUGGGAUUGGUGUUGCCUAUAAGACAUGUGAGAAGGACUUGGAGACAUUCAAAUAAAGCAAAAAUUAUGAAGAUGAUGAAGAUGAAGUUAAAGAAUUAGAAUGGACACAAACACAGAUAAACACACACACACACACACGCACAUACAGGUUAAACUGAUACAAAAUGAUAUUUGAAAAAUGAAGCAAUGCCUGAAGAACUCUCAAUUCGUCUAGGUUUUAUGUUGUAGUUGUUGCUUGUUGGACUGCCAAUUAAAAUUCAAUAAAAAAUACAUGCAAUUCCAAUGAAAAUGAUGCACUACGCGCUUAUCACAAAAUGGAAAAUCUUCAAAUCGGGGCAUGACUAGAAGCAAUCAGUACGAGUUCCAUGUAAAACAGUAUCUCAGCAAGAUCCUCAACAGAGAGAGAGAGAGAAGGAGAGAGAGAGAGAGAAACGAAGAGAGAAUGAAGGCAAGUUUAAAAUCUUUGUUGCCGGGUCAGCAACAAAGUCAAGUGCAACAACAACAACAACAAACUAGCGAGAAAGCUUUACACGGGAGUGCUCGACUACGAAAUACCCUGGUCCAGUACCUUAAGUAAUACGUAUUUGCACUCACUUACAUACCUAUAAAAGUCGAAAGCUUCGUA